AUGGGAAACGUAUGUUAAAAUUAGAGAGAACAAACAGUUUAUGAAAAUAGGGAUAAAAGCCCAAAAAAGCUUUAAGCACGCAUGCCAAAUAAUUAAAUUUACAAUUAGCAAGAUCCAACUUAAUCUGAAAUUAGAGAGUUCAUGACUGAUUUAAAUGGAGAAAUUUAAAAUCAAUAAUAAGAUAUAUAUAUGUCAUCAGAAUUUUAAAGAGCAUCACAAAAGAUCUCAAUAAGCGAUUUCAGACUUGAAAAAGUACUAGGAAAAGGAUCAUUCGGUAAAGUAAUGCUUGUUACUCAUUUAGUAGAAUAAAAAUAGUAUGCUAUGAAAGUUCUUCUGAAGAAAAGUAUAAAAAAUGAAAGAUAAAAAAGACAUACAUUAACAGAGAGAUAAAUUUUAGAAAAAAUAGACCAUCCCUUUAUUGUUAAGUUGCAUUAUGCAUUUUAAACGAACGAAAAACUUUAUCUUGUAUUAGAUUUCAUGGUAGGAGGAGAAUUAUUCCACCACCUUAAGAAAUCAGGAAAGUUUUCAGAGGAAGUUACUCGUUUUUAUGCAUCAUAAAUUGUAAUUGGUCUGGAACAUUUGCAUCAACAUAAAAUAAUCUACCGUGAUCUCAAGCCAGAAAAUAUAUUAUUAGAUUCUGAAGGAAAUUUGAAGUUGGCAGACUUUGGUUUAUCAAAAAUUGGCGUUGAUUAAAAUGCUCCUGCUCAUAGCUUAUGUGGAACACCAGAAUAUCUUGCUCCUGAAAUAAUCACAAGCAAGGUCGGACAUGAUAAGACAGUAGAUUGGUGGAGUUUUGGAGCUUUAGUGUAUGAAAUGCUUACUGGAUCACCUCCUUUCUAUUCUAAUAAUAAAAAGUAGAUGCUCCACAAUAUUAUUUAUAAACCUAUUCCUAUCCCAAAGAACUUAUCUGACACCGCUAAAUCCCUUCUGUAGUAAUUAUUAGUAGUUAAUCCAAAAAAUAGAUUAGGAUAUGGUGAUAAUGGCACAAGUGAUGUGAAAAAUCACCCCUUUUUUGCCACAAUUAACUGGGAAGCAAUGAAAGAAAGGAAAAUAAAAACCCCUUUGAAUAUAAAUGUAACAGACGAAAGAGAUACAAAAUAUUUUGAUCCUUAUAUUCUCAAAUAAUAAGCUGUGGAUACUCCUGUCUCAUAUAAUCAAGAUUUAUUCAAAUUUUCUCAAUUUACUUAUAAUAAGAAAAUUGAAGAAGUUUAAAUGGGAGAAAUUUAGAGAAAUGAUUCAAGCGAAUACUUUGAUUUAAAUGGAAUGUGUUAGCAUAAAAAAGAUAAAGUAGAAAAUGGAGAGGAUGAAGAUAAUAGUGAAAUUUAAAGGGAGAAAAUAUAAGAGGUUUAGAAAGCUCUCUAAGAUUAAACAAUUUCAUCAGAUGGAAAAACCAUAGAUUAAGAUUUAAGUGAAAAUAUCUCCUUUUAAGAUUAAAAUUAAUAAGGAGAUUAAAGUAACAAUUAUAAAUAAGAAAAAAAUGAUACUCAAAAAUCAGAUUUAAAUAAUUUACCUGUUUAAGGUCAAUCAAUUUUAGAGUCAUCUGAUCUUAAUUAAAACCCUACAAUUUAAAAUAAAAAAUAUUUACAAAUUUAAAAGAAUAACACUUUCAAUCAAGUGUAAGAUACCAAUCAGUAAAUCUAAUAGGAAAAUAUAUUUACAAAAGAUAUUGACAUAACAAAGCAAUCCACCUCAUAAGAUAAUAAUUAAUAAAAAGGAUAUUCUAAUAUAAAUGAAACAGAUGAUUAGUUUGUAUAAAAAGAAGGAGAAAACCUUACAAUUUCCAUAGAUAAUAAAGAUUAAAAUAGAUUAUUUUAAUCUGAAAGUAUUUAAACUAAAAGUUAAGUAGAUAAAGAUAUUGAAUAAACGCAAUAAAUUUAAUAAAACAUUUAAUAGCGUGAAUCUAUAAAUUCUCAAAUUAGUUAGGGAGAUAACUUACAAGAAGAUAUAGCAUUAAUAACUAAAGAAGAUAAGGUUUAGAGUGAAUAGCAAAUGAAUGAUUCUAAAGAUUAAAAAGAAACUGAAGAAAAAAACGACAUUAGUAUUAAGUAGUUGUAAAAUAAAGAAGGUGAAUUAGAAAAUGAGUAAAUAAUUGAUUAAGCAAAUGAAAAAUAAAAUACUCAUACUUAAUCAACAGAUUUAUUAAAUGAUGAAAUCUAAAGCCAAGAUAAAUAAUAACUUAAUGAAGUAGAAAUAAAUAAAAAUUAAUAAAAAUCUGAAGAAAACGACGAAGUUUCUGAUUAAGUAAAGGAAAAUGAGAAUUAGGUGAUAGAUACAGUUUAACCAGAUACUAUACUCACAAAUAGUGAAAUAAAGACUCAUGAAUUAAAUGUUAAUAAACAAUCAGAUUCUAGCUUAAGCUAAACUGAUAAAGCUACUAGUUAAAAUCCUGAAGAAAUAGCAUAAAACAUUAAUUGA